UUGCAUUGUGGGCGUACAAACAGCACAGAGGGGGACAACACAGACCACAAAGGAAUGAAGGCAGCACCUCCUGUGACUUUUAGGAGCCUUUUGUUGUGAUGUAAAUCUGUCUGAGCGGUUAAUAAACUGUGAUCUGGAGCGGCUGGCAGGCGGACAACUGCCUGACAAGAGCGGGGAAUGUGAGCGGCAGCAGCGGCAGGGCGCGCGGCUGUCUCCGACUGCUUUUUGUCAGCUUAGCCAUCAGCAUCCAGAGGCCACGGCUCUCUUCCCAGGCCUCCCGCCCGAAGGACAGAUUUCCUGUAAAGAGCAGCCUGGACUCCAAAAUGGGGGUGAAAACCUUCACCCACAGUUCCACCUCCCACAGCCAGGAGAUGCUCGACAAACUAAACGCCCUGCGCAAUGAGGGACACCUGUGUGACGUCACCAUCCGGGUCCAAGACAAGCUCUUCCUGGCUCAUAAAGUGGUCUUGGCCUGCUGCAGCGAAUUUUUCCGCUCCAAGCUCGUUGGCCGACCAGAAGAAGAGGAAAAGUUUGUGUUGGACCUUCAUCAUGUGACCGUCAGCGGGUUCGCUCCACUUUUGGAAUACGCCUACACCUCCACCCUUUCCAUCAGCACAGAGAACAUCAUUGACGUCCUGGCUGCUGCUAGCUACAUGCAGAUGUUUGCUGUGGCUAGCACGUGUUCGGAGUUCAUGAAGUCCAGUAUUCUGUGGAGCCCGACUAACAACAACGGCCCCGGCAUCGCAGCGGAUAAACCGCAUGAGGCGGCGGCCGAGAGCGCCUCGUCGAACUGUGUCCUGACGCCGCUGGACGGCAGCGUGUCCCCUGUGUCGUCCGACUGCAGCGUGAUGGAGAGGAACGUUCCCAUCUGCCGGGAAUCCCGACGGAAAAGGAAAAGCUUUGUAACGAUGGCGUCGCCGGAGAGUCCGCUCAAAUGCACUACACAGAUGGUCACCACCUCCCCUCAGAUUCCCAACCCCUCCCCUUCGUUCUCGGACGGGCCCGCCCCGCCGGUGGAGUCCUCCCUGGCCUUUCCCUGGACUUUCCCUUUUGGCAUCGACCGAAGGUUCCACUCGGACAAAUCAAAGCUGCCAGAGAGCCCCCGCUGUUUAGAGCAGGGCGCCCCGGGGACCUCGGAGGGCGUGGUCGCCCGUCGGCUCAGCGACUUCCUGACAUGCGAGAGCUCCAAGGUGGUGUCCUCGCCGGCGGCAACGGAGGAGGAAGAUGUGAGGGUAAAGGUGGAGCGCCUCAGUGAUGAGGAGGUUCAGGAGGCAUCAUCACAGCCGGUCAGCGCCUCUCAGAGCUCCAUGAGUGACCAGCAGACGGUGCCAGGGAGCGACCAGGUCCAGGAAGAGCUGCUAAUCAGUCCUCAGUCCUCUUCUAUAGGCUCAAUGGAUGAAGGAGUGUCUGAAAGCUUGCCUUCUAUGCAGAGCACCUCUAACGCUGCAGGACACACAGAGGAUGAUGAGAGGCUGGAAGGUAUUCAGUAUCCAUACCACCUCUAUAUAAGCCCCUCAGCUCGACCCGGCACCAACGGCCCUGAUCGACCCUUUCAAUGUCCGACCUGUGGAGUCAGAUUCACACGAAUUCAAAACCUGAAACAGCAUAUGCUCAUACACUCCGGCAUUAAACCUUUCCAGUGUGACCGCUGUGGGAAAAAGUUCACACGGGCCUACUCCCUAAAGAUGCAUCGGCUGAAGCACGAAGGUAAACGCUGUUUCCGGUGCCAGAUUUGUAGCGCCACUUUCACGUCCUUCGGUGAAUAUAAGCACCACAUGAGGGUCUCCCGACACAUAAUCCGCAAGCCGCGGAUUUAUGAGUGCAAAACAUGCGGCGCCAUGUUCACCAACUCUGGCAAUUUAAUUGUACACCUGAGGAGUCUGAACCAUGAGGCAUCCGAGCUAGCAAACUACUUCCAGAGCAGGUGAGGAGUCUGGGGCCGCUGGCGCUGGUUCAGACAAUAAGUCCACUUUACAUUCUAAUGUCUAGACUUCAUUGGAUCAUUUUCCUCACGUUGGUUAUGUUUCUGAGAUGAUGACAAAUGAUUUCAACAUUUGCUUUUUCUGUGGAGGUUUCAGUUUCUGGCCCUUUUCCAAUGGUACCCGCUCUGGUGUUUCUGUUAACCUUUACUCUCCUAUGGGUGCUUUACUGGGGCAGUGCAGGCACUUAUUUGAAACAAACACAAGGCAACAGUGGAUGACAUUUUGCAUAUAAUCAAUGCUAAGAGUUAUGAGGGUAAGCUAAUGCUGCCUGGUGAUUGCUUGGUAUUAUGAUCGUAUACACAUUAGCCAAGCAUACUGGUCGAAGAAGUGACUUUUUCUACUCCUGAUCAAAAACUGAAGACCAGCUGAAAAAAGGCACGACUUUGCGUUUUGCACCACCGGAUGUUUAAAAGAUUCUUAGUAAAGUUUUAAAAGUCUAAACAAAGGAGCAAGAGAAAAAACAAAACAAAAAUACG